UGUUUUCUCAAAAACACCUUUCCCCAUUCUUCAUCUUCUUCUCCAAAUCUCAUCUCUGCAACAAAAUUAGGGUUUCAUUUUUCUGAUUUGAAGAAGGUGUUGUGUUAAUUAAAAAUCAAAUUGAAGAAUGGAUCUAGAACCAGAGGAGCUUCAAUUCUUAAGCAUAGCAGACAUUGUAAAAGAAUCAAUCAGCAUCCCAAGAACAUCACCAAGAACAUUCUCUCUAUUAACCUUAACACUAAUCUUCCCUCUUUCAUUUGCAAUUCUCGUUCAUUCCAUCUUCACACACCCUCUCGUUAGACAGCUCAACUCUUCAUCUCCGUCAUCAGCAGCAGCUCAACAUUCAUGGACACUUUUAUUGAUCUACCAAUUUAUUUACAUAAUCUUUCUCUUCGCAUUCUCUUUGUUAUCCACGGCUGCUGUUGUCUUCACCGUGGCUUCAAUUUACACGUCUAAACCCGUUUCGUUCUCGAACACACUGUCGGCGAUUCCCAGCGUUUUGAAACGUUUGUUUGUGACGUUUCUGUACACUACCCUUUUGAUGGUUGUCUAUGAUAUUGCGAUUCUGAUAGCUCUGGUUGUGCUGAUUGUGGCGAUUGAUACACAGAGUGGGUUGUUGUUUUUGUUCUCUUCGAUUGCGAUUAUUGUCUUGUUUCUGUUUGUUCAUGUUUAUAUCACGGCGUUGUGGCAUUUGGCUAGUGUGAUUUCAGUGCUGGAGCCUGUUUAUGGAUUUGAAGCGAUGAAGAAGAGUAGGGAGCUGCUGAAAGGUAAGACGCAGAUGGCGUUUGUUCUUGUUUUUGUGUAUCUGAUGAUGUGUGGAUCCAUUGGGGGUGUAUUUGGGACUGUGGUGGUUCAUGGUGGUGAAGAUUAUGGGAUAUUGGUGAGGGUUUGUGUUGGGGGGUUCUGUGUUGGGGUUUUGGUGCUUGUGAAUUUGAUUGGGUUGAUGGUGCAGAGUGUGUUUUAUUAUGUUUGUAAGAGUUAUCAUCAUCAGCAGAUUGAUAAGAGUGCGCUGUAUGACCAUCUUGGUGGGUAUCUUGGUGAAUAUGUUCCGCUGAAGAGCAGUGUUCAGAUGGAAAGCCUGGAGAUUUGAUUGUAGUGGGGAGAAUUUGAGGAAAGAAUUGGAAUUUGUACCACGUAAUGAGAUGAGAUAUAUGCUUCAAGAUCUUUUUUCUUUUGGAAAAUUGGAGAUCAAUUACUGAAGUUUCUUGUAAAAUUCGAGAUCAAGUAUGUAUGUUCAUUUUUAUGGGAAUUUCAAUCUUGUUUCUUUAAAUUGUACUGUUGCACUAUUAUGUUUCUUGUUAGCUUCUAUUGUUUGCAUAUUAGAUAUGGAAUGUUACUUUGGAGGU